AUGUCUGCCACGUUCUUCUUAUAUUACUGCUUUUUCACCCUCUACGGACUGAUCGUGGCGGUUAGUGACGGCUUCUCUUUCGCUCGCGGUGGCACCAUCCACAUGAUUGUUGCCGCCAUGUCGGUGUUUGGUGUUGCUCGUGCAACAGCAAGUCCCAAUUACAUAACUCUGGUGAAUUACUUCGGGCAUUCAUUUUGCUUCGGGGCGUUGUUCUGUUAUUUGUUCUUGGGUAUUGGGCGCUGA